UUAGCCAUUAGGGAAAUAUUACACGGAAGCAAGAUGGCGGAUGACAGGACGCCUCCUUCUAAUAAGUCUGGCUUUUUGAUGUCCAUUGUCAGGACUUUAUCAUCAAGCGCGGACUUCGAACAAAGAGAGAAGGAGAAAACGCGAAUUGAGAAAGCCUAUCGAGAAAGUGACAAGAGACUUUCUGAACAUGUGACAAAUCAUUAUGAUGACAUCAUCAAGGUCAUGACAGCUUUCAGUGCUAUGACCAAAAGCAUCAAUGAAUCUCGAGAGAAGAUCCAUAAGAUUAAAGAUGACCUCAACUCCUGUAAAACUCUGCUCCACUUCAAGCGGGAUGAGUUGCGGAAACUGUGGCGAGAUGGUGUCGAACACAAAGCUGUACUUGCCAUGCUUGACCAGAUUGAACAGAUGAAGGAGGUUCCAGAUAAGAUGGACAACUACCUGUCGGGGAAGCAUUACCUGCAUGCCACGGACCUCAUUGUUCAGUCAGUGGCCAAGUUGGACACCAGCCUGUCAACGGUGGAGGCAUUACGGGACUUGAGAUCGGAGCUGACAGCCAGGAAGGAGCGCCUACACGAGGUGUUGAUAGAGGAACUGAACAGGCAGAUAUACGAGAAGUCCGCUGUUGCUAGAAGCCUGGGACGGCGUGGUUCCUGGAGGCGAGGACAGAAAGAUUUACUGUUCCUCAAGUCGUGUUCACGAGAUGGGGACUUUGUAUCGGAAGAUGGCCGUCUCCUGCAUGAAGUGAAGGAAGAUCUCAGCUCCAGCCCUGAGGAAAACCUGCCGAGGUUCAUCUCCAUCCUCAUAGAGUCUCUGGCAGUUCUCAAGAAACUCCCCGAAGCUGUGGAGGGCAUCAAGAUGAGGAUUCAACCGGGGCUGCUGACUCUGGUGGCGAAGGCCUCACAGCAGGUGCUGGAGAGUGGAGGGGACAGCCUGGCAAGUCAGAAUCAGCCGCGGUACCUUCUGGACCUGUUGGAGACCAUCUUCCAGCAGUUCCGCAGCGUGGCCCAGAUGCACGAACUCGUCCUCAAGAAUGUCCACCAUAGUAUGCAAUCUGGAGAAUCUCAGUCGGAGGCGUCGGGGAUGCCGAUGAGAUCUGACCUGAUGUACGACAUGAAGGAUGUCUGGUCAGAAAUACAAGCUGUGCUGCAAGUGUUGCUGAGCCAGUAUCUGGACGUGCGGAACUCGCUGUCCAACAGACAACAGGCCCCGAGCGGCUUCGAUGAGCCCAGCAUGGACAUCAGCCAGUACUUCAGCAAGAAGAGACAAGCCAAGCCCAAGAAGAUAAGCUUGUUCCGGUUUGAUGCUUCACUUCAUGCCCUCAGUACCAACAGUUACAUCGAGGACAGUCGGCAGUUUGAUGCAGCUGGUUACCUUGGUGACCAGGGUCUGCUAGCUGGACUGAGCAAGCAUCAGCUUGUGUGUAAACCUGCAGCCAAUAAUGUGACAGCCAUCUACAAGCCUCUUCGCAGCUUUAUCCAAGAGAUCGAGAAGGCAAUGGAGAUGGAGAGCCCAUCAAGCCUGCAGGAGUUUGUGACAGACUUUGUACAGAAUGCCUUCCUCGGCCAGGUCCAUCUGAAGGUGUCCCAGAGCAUCGAUGCUGCCACAAGAGGUCUGAUCGUGUUGCCGACUUUCUCAUUACACUCAGUCAUUGAGGAGGAGGAUGGUCACAAGUGUUUUGAUGCUUUGCGGAAUGUCAUUGAUGAUAAGAUUAGACGGGAACUUGGUGUGCCUCGCCCACUUCUACAGAGCACCGUGACAGUGGACCGCAACAUCCAGGACCUGCAGGAGCUGAUGCAUGAUCUGCCGGACUAUGCAGACCAGUUCCUCAACAUGAUCUGCAACGUCCUCCGCGACUACCGCGACAAGUGCCACUCCGCGUACCGAGAUAUUGUCCAGCAUGGAUCUGAUGAGAAGCGAGUGAUCAGUGCCCAGUGGGCAAAGGAUGAAGACAUCAGCCGCUUCCUGAGGUCUCUGCCAAGCUGGAGGACUCUUCAGCCUGGGGAGGGGCAGGAGCUGGACCGGACGAUGUGCUCGGAGGAGGAGAUGCGCGCUCUCAACUCAAAGGAGGCGGUCAUCUUGAUACGGAACCUGUCCUCGGAUGAGACCUUGAUUCCUCAGCAGGAGAUCAUUACUGAUGUCACUCAGAUGAGGACUGUGGCCAAUGUACAUGAGAGUCUGGAAUGGUUCGCUGGUCGUCUUCAGCAGUUCACAGACAGUUUGUCUGGUAGGUCCACCAGCAACCUCGGACCUCCCUCCACUAAUCCAGCUGACAUUCCACCAGUAUCAGAGAAAACAUUAGCAGCCAUGAACACACUUGUCCAGGAUUUCCGCGACCUGGCCGAGAUAUGUAUGUUGCUGUUGCACCUGGAGGUCAGAGUUCACUGCUUCUACUACCUGCUGCCGGUAGCUAAACAGUCGAACUAUGCAGGGCCGAUUGAUGACCUUGACCCUGAUUCGAAUGUCCUAAAGCUGAACAAGGACCUGACCAGCAUGGAGGAGGUCCUGGCACACAGUCUGCAGCCCAAGAAGUUCAAGUACAUCUUCGAGAGUCUGGGCUACCUUGUAUCCUCCAUCCUCAUCAACAGUGUCCAUUUCCUGAAGAAAAUCAACGAGAAUGGUAUCAAGAAAAUGUGCCGCAACAUCCUGGCCAUCCAGCAGAAUCUGACCAACAUCACGUUGACCCGGGAGUCGGACCUGGACCGGGCCCGGCUGUUCUAUGAGCUGCUCUACCUCACCCCAGACGACAUCUUGAACUCUGUGGCAGAGAAAGGGCCACAGUUCACGGGCACGGAGUACACCCAGCUCAUCCAGCUGUACCACCGUAGCCACCCCGGCAUCAAGAUGGCGGUGCAGGACGGACACAUGCAGAGGCUGCUGCAGAUCAUUGAGAAGGGACAGAACGAGACUAUCAGCACCUGAACGAGACCAUCAGCACCUGAAUGAGACCAUCAGCACCAGAACAAGACCAUCAGACCCUGAACUAGGACUAUCAGACCCUGAACUCACAGUCCUGGGCACUACAUCAACAAUGUUGCACAUUGUUAUAUCAGUGUUCCUGAAAAUCAUUGUACACUUCAUGAACAAUGUUGCACAUCACUAGUGUUAAACAGCUACAAUAUUGCAGCUGUUUCACCACCAGAACAAUCAAGAUGAUGUACAAUGUUGCAGCUGUAGAACAUCAGAACAACCAAGUUGAUGUACAAUGUUGCAAAUACAGUGUUCAUCAAAAUGAUUAAAAAUAACAUUUAUCAGGCUUAGCACAUGCUUGACACAACUUUAGGUAAAUGGGGAGAGAAUUCAGUCCUGAAGGCUACAAUGAACAACCCCUCCGUAGCUUGCUCUAAUCAUUCAGUGUUAUGAAGUUACAUCACUUGAGUACUUGUAUGUUAGGGUGAAUGUGGGCAUGUCUUCAUCUUGCCAGAGUUUUAUCUGACAAAUGGCAUCCGUUGGUCACAAUCCUCUGAGAUACCUGCCCCCCUAUGUGGUGCUUGACAAAAUCAUUAAUGUAUUGACUUGUAUUGAAUGAAAGUAUGGAAGGAAUUCAAUGAAAAGUUGUUUCUUUGUUUGUUGUUCCCACACUUCCAAAUAUUCCAGCUAUAUGUAAAUCAUCGAGUCUGGACCAGACAGUCCAGUGAUUGAUAUUUUGAGACUGGGUGGAUUAUUGUGUACAUUAUCAAUACCUUGGUAGCCUGUCUGUUGGUUGUUUUACAUCGAACUCAGCAAUAUUCCAGCUAUAUGAUGGUAGUUUGUAAAGAAUCAAGUCUGGACCAGACAAUCCAGUGAUUGACAUCAUGAGCAAUGGUCCAUAGCAUUAGGGUAUGAUGACACAUCAUCAAGCAAGUCAGUGAGCCGGACCACCUGAUCCAUUUGGUCGACUAUUAUGACAAACAUUGGUUGCUGGGGACCUAUUCUAUCCCGGAAUCCCUAAGCAACAAAACAAUGUAAUACCAAACAAGCCUCUAUGCAUGUUUGAGCUUAUCGGUGAUACUGUAGAUACAUGCAUGUAUGCUAUGACGUAUAAUAUUUGGCUUGUUUGGGUGCUAUUCAUGAUCACCACUUGCCCGGAAUGAGCUGUGGCUAAAUUUUGAAGAUGACCCAUGGUGUCUACCACUGUUAUCCCUACUGUUCAGCUAAUAUUAAUAUUUCAAGUGUUUAAAUAUUCGAGGCAUUAAGAAUAAGGAUGUAUCCACAUAUGUUUUAUGUAAUUAUAUUUUUUAAGAACAAAGACAACCUUGACCUGUUAUUUUGGUGUUACAAUGUCAGUUGGAGACUUGUCAUGUUCUAAUUCCUUGCGAUAGUAUAGAUGCAGUGUGGAUGCUCUAGAAGGGAGAAGUGCAAUAUAUGUGAAGCAUCUUGAAUCAUUUUCCAUAAUUGUGUUAAUGAAGUUUGAAAGAUGUAUAUUUUGUCUAGUCAAACCAUUUUUUUCCAAGAGAAUCUGAGUUAAAAUGAGUAAUUAACAGUGCUUCACAUCAGCUUGUGAUCAGUACCUAGAUAGGCAGUUCUUUAAGUAGCGCUGAUUGUGACAAGCGUUCAAUGUACCACUGUAUGUCAUAACGUGUGACCACGGCUUUCAGAAACACUGUCACCAGUGCUUUAAGUACCACUGAUUGUACACAGUGCACCACCAACAGUUCCUAUAGCUGUAAGCACUGCUUUGAUUUACAUUGCCUUAACUAGCAGUCAUCUCCUUUGCUGUGAAGUGCUCAUGCAGCAUUGCUGCUACAGGUAGUAGUGUGCAUGAUAACAUACUCAUGCUUUCUUUUGUUACAAGGGUCAUGCAUGUUGUGAUGAAUGUUAUUAAUGUAAAACUAUUAUAUUAAGAAUUUUGUAAAUAAAUGUUUAUUUUGUUGUACAUAUGUAAUAGCUAUGUAUGAUGCUUUCUACACAAACUGAUACUGCCACAUUAAACAUAAUAUCAGGAAC